AUGCGGAGUUGGACAAUCAAGCCAUGCACUGUGGCAGACGCCGCCGCCCUAGCACGGAACAACAUAGCGGCCUUCUGGGAAGACUCAUCGUGGAAUCAACUAUGGCCGAAGGAGAUUCAACUGCAGUUUCUCAUCGAGCAGUCUGCGAUGCGCCAACCGCGGAAUCUCUUGCGUAACCGUGAGCUUCUUCGUCACGAAAAGGCAGUCGACUCGUUUACCGGUGAGAUCAUUGGAUACGCCCGCUGGGCGCUCCCUACAGGAACCUCAACCGAUGCGGACGGUCGUCCAGAAUGGCCUGAGGCGCAAGUUCCAGCUGUGGGAAAAGACGAGGAAACGCGAUUUGAAGUGCUGGCCGAGUCAGCUUGGUGGUAUCCGAAAAGUGAAAUGAGUCACAUGGACGACGAAAUCAAUGCGAUUGCGGAACGGAUCCUGUCGGAGAAAAACUAUCUGCAACUUGACUAUUUGGCCGUUGAUCCUGAACAGAAGGGCAAAGGGAUCGCCACCGCUUUAGUCCAAAGCGGAAUUAGAUUUGCAGAGAAAGCUGAACUUCCAGUGUUCACAAUCGCCUUCAAUGCUGCUCGGGGUGUGUAUACGCGACUGGGGUUCAAGGAAAUCCAUAGUAGGACUCAAGGUAUUUCGCAGUACGGUGGUGUCGGCGUAUAUACAACUUAUUUUAUGGUUCGUGAUGUCUUGGUGAUGUGA